AUGGCGUUAAAAGUUGCUUACAUUCUAUUUCAAACACAGAAUAUUUAUGUCUACAACUUUGCUAGCCGAGGUCUCCGUGGCCGAGUGGUUAAGGUCGAUGAAAAGAAACUGAAAGCCAAAAUACUUUUUGCAACACAAAACUGUGCAAAGACUUGUGGCCUCUGCAGUAAUACUGGUUUAAAGCAGGUGCAGCACACCAGGGAUUCUUUCCCAGAGACUUGGAUCUGGACAAACUUUACUGUCGGUUCAAAUGGAACUGGAACUUUAACAACCACGGUACCGGACACUAUAACAUCAUGGUACGCAACAGCAUUUUCUGUGAACACGCUGUCUGGACUAGGAAUAACCGAUGGAGCGUCUAAGUUUACAACGUUCCGGCCAUUUUUCAUCAACCUUAACUUGCCAUAUUCGGUUGUCCGCGGAGAGGAAGUUGUCAUUCAGGCAAACGUUUUUAACUACAUGGGACAGGAUCUCGAUGUUGUAGUUACGCUUGAAAAGUCUUCCGACUUUAAGGUGAUAGUUCAUGACGCUCCAGGACAUACAAUCUUUGUCUCUAAGGAUAUAACACAGACCAUACAUAUUGAAGCCGGACAGGCAAAAUCAAUCUUUGUUCCGGUUGUUGCCAAUAUCGUCGGGGUUGCAGAAAUUGCAGUGAAAGCACAGACUGUUCUGUCAGCUGACAGAGUAAAGAAAGAACUAAUUGUGGAGGCUGAAGGAACGCCCAUGCAUUUCAAUAUACCUCUGAUACUAAAUGAGAACACGGCAGUUGAUGUACCGCUUAGCUUCCCACCAAGUUUCGUUGCUGACUCACAGAAGAUUCAAGUCUCAGCAAUCGGUGACACCAUGGGGCCCACGGUGAAGAAUUUGAAGCGUUUACUGCGCAUGCCCACUGGAUGCGGAGAGCAAACUAUCACUAACCUGGCUCCGGAUGUAUUCGUUUAUAACUACUUGAAGAAAACGAACAAGCUCACGUCAGACAUCGAGUCAAUGACACUCGAGUACAUGUUGAAAGGGUACCAGCGGGAACUGACAUUUCAACGAACGGACGGUUCAUUCAGCAUCUGGGGUGAGAGUGACAACCAGGGCAGCAUGUGGUUAACAGCGUUUGUACUGAAGUCAUUCCAUCAGGCGAGGGAACAUAUUUUUGUAUCUGAUGAUGUACUGCAAAGAGCAGGCAGCUGGAUUCUUCGCUACCAGAAUUAUGACGGCUCCUUCCCAUCAGUAGGAAGCGUACACAGUACAUCACUGCGGGGGGGUUCUAGUUCUGGAUACAGUCUUACGGCAUUUGUUUUGAUAGCUCUAACAGAAGCUGAGAUGACCCUUCGAUACAGCAAUUAUAACUACAAUAACGGAAUAACAAAAGCAAGGGUGUACCUGGAGAAUGCUGUAAUCAACAAUAAUAUUACAGACAUUUAUGAUCUCGCUAUAGUCAGCUAUGCGCUUAGUAAAUCCGGAAGUGCGAAAGCCUUCUUGACUUACAAACAGCUUAAGAAUCUUGCCACUAGAACUGGAGAUGGAAAGAUGUUCUGGAACAUGACGAAGACAUGGCGUCAAAGUAGUUGGGAAUACAGCUACUACCAGAGUCCUCCUCUUGAGGUAGAGGUGGCUUCAUAUGCCUUGCUCUACCUUGUACAUAGUGGACAAAUCCAAACCGGAUAUCCGGUCUUGAGAUGGCUGGUGUCUCAGCGGAAUUCACUUGGAGGGUUUAGAUCUACACAAGAUACUGUACUUGGCCUUCAAGCGAUGUCAGAGUACGGAGCCAUGUUCAAAGAUGCCGUUGACCUUACCAUAGAUAUCACGUCUGGCAAUUUUAGUAAACAGAUACAUAUUGGUAAAUCGGAGGCGAUGGUUCUGAAGCUUGUGGAUAUACCUCACUCGGCAAUAUCUCGCAGCAACAACAGUGGCAACCAUCCUCCGACUGUUUCUCUGCAGGCUCAUGGCAAUGGCUCCGCAUUAGUUCAGGUCGCUGUGUCAUUCAAUGUGGAGACAGAAGUCUCACUCCCAGCCUUCAAUAUCACGGCAACCAUCGUCAAAGAAACACUUCGCUCUGUCAUUCUGAACGCUUGCGCAAGAUAUUUACCACAACGGUUUAAUGGUCCCGGCAUGGCUGUUAUGGAGAUCGAUCUUCCCUCAGGUUUCUCAGCUGACCUUGAAAGCUCGAACACCAAGGUUGGAAAUGCCCGACAAACGGAAAUAAGGGAAGAAAAGACGGUAGUGUUGUACUACGAUCAGAUUUUACCUUCAUACCCAGAGACAUGUGCGACGAUAGAGAUGAUCAGGACGGACCUUGUCACGAAGACAAAACCAGCGGCCAUCCGGGUGUUCGACUACUACGAACCAGAUAACCGAGCCUUGUCAUUCUUUGAAUCGAAACUACUGAAAGAUUCAUCCUUCUGUGAUAUCUGUAACUCGUGUGGAUGCAGUUAAAAGGAAGAUUGUUUGUCAUGUAUAUAUCGAUACGAAACAGUAAAACUGACACAGCUUUUCGAACUUUGAUUGUUUAGCAACUUAAAAUAACAACUACUAGAUUGAUUUA